AUGAAUAUCGACAGAAAUAAAAUAAAUGAUGAAAUUAAUGAUUUACGAGGUAGUUUACAAUUGGGAAUACAUGAAUGUAAAGACGCUAUUACAAAAGAUAAUUCAAAAAGUAACAUUCAAACAUCAUUUAAUGUAUUGCUGGCAUUGAUCGAUAAUGUAUUUACCAAAAUUUGUUUGAUUUUUGAAAAUAUGAAUGAACGGAUGACGGCUCUCACAAAGAAAGUCGUUGAAGUCGAGGAACAACUUACAAUAUAUAAACAAGGAAUGGAUGUUUUAACACAUCGACAAAUGCAAAAUGAUAAAAGUCUACUUCUUCGUGAACUUUUCAAUAAACCAAGAGAUAUUAUCAAAGAAUCAGUUCGAAAAGUUCACUUGCCGAUGAAUUACUUGGACAAUAUUUAUGAUAAGAAUUUUGAACAAAAUUUAGACAAACAAAAUACGUUCUUAUCGUAUUCAAUAAACCAAGUUGCUCAACAAAUUGGUUUAACCUCUUCUGAGCUCGUCAAAUAUCUACAAGUAAAACAACAAUCAAAUGCAAAUUUUCAUUUAAACGACGAAAUAAAGGAAUUUUCAAAACGUCAUAUAACAGAUGAAAAUUAUAAUUUACUGAAUCUUAUUGCAGAACAGCAACUUCUUGUUAGUUUCAAUGAAGUAGAACAAAAAAAAUUACAAACAGUUUUUGAAAAAAUUUGUCAAAUAUUAAACAAGUCCAGUUGUGAAGAACAUCAACCUCGAUUUAAUCGAAAUGAUCAUGUACAAGUGUUAUAUGAUGAUGGGCAGUUAUAUUGGGCAACAUUGAAUUUAUUUGAUUCAAAAACAAAUAAAUGGAAGGUGGUUUAUGAUUGUCGAGAAUAUGGAUCUGAAUGGGUGAUAGCUCGUCGUAUAUUCAAAAGAUAA